UUUUUCGGUAGCGACGCAUGCGCAGUGUAUGGCUGCUGAGAGAGCUAAAAAGGACACUGAACUGUCAAGUGAAGAGAAAUAAGCUCGGUGUGCAUGUUGAGGUGAGGGAAGAGAAAUGGAUCCUAACUACAGAGAGAGUUGUCGCGAGGGAUACUUCACUGGAGGAGAGCGAGAUGAUGCAAGACAGCAUCAGAUGCCGCACUUCACGCACCAGCUGCCCUAUCACUCGAACCUUGUCUCUUCGCUGCAGCAACCAGCAAUUGUCUUGGAGCAAUCGGAUGUUCAGAGGAACAGGGAAGACUUCUCUGGUAGCCAUGCCAACCCUUCCAUGCUUAGAUCCAUAUACUCGGGCUCAGGGUCAAUACUACCAAGCCCUAACAUUCUCCUGCAAUCAACCAACCACUUUGCAUCAUCCAACAACCAGCAUCCUCAACACCCGCAACACCAGCAACACCAACAGCAACUCAACCGCCUACAACCGACAACUCGGCCCCACUUCAUUCCUCCCAGCACAACUCACCUAGCCGGCCCUAACCUUGCCGUUGAUGCGACCGUCGCACAGCAUAUCGACCCUGGUAUCGAGAGAACGGAGACUUCCAGAGACUCCCUCGAUGCUACCUUAAACGAACCCUUGGAGUUGUCCACGCCCAGACAACACCAGGACACCUCGUCAAAGACUCUCAUGAAAGACAAGGUUGCAGUCCCACCAAAGCCUCCCAACCCUAUCCUCCAACCAAAGCAUCUUAACCUCAUGCCUACGCCCCAACCCAAAAGCCUCUUGCCACCUCUCCGGAGAAGGGACAGAGUUCAACCCAGGUCGGGCGGUCAGCUUCCAGAGUUCCUCGCCUUCAAGUAUCUUCGUAACGAGAAAGAGAAUAUAGUUGGAGUUGUGGCCAAAGAUAAUGUUGAUGAAGGCAUGGAGUUUGGACCGUACAAUGGCAAUUUCCUGGAUGAAGAGAUAGGGUCUACCAAAUCUGAAUCAACAUGGGAGCUCUGCACUGGGGGUAAAGUCUUCCUCUACAUGGAUGGUAAGAAGAAGGACCAACUAAUCUGGAUGUCCUACGUUCAGAGCGCUCGCAACGAACAAGAACAGAACCUAGAAGCAUGCCAAUACUACGGACAGAUCUACUUCAGAACUACAAAGUGCAUUGAACCAGGAAGUGAACUUAGAGUGUUCUACAGUAAAGAGUAUUCAGAGUCCAUCGGGUUUAAGAGCACUCUCAAAGACUUGGAUUAUCAUGAGGAGGAUGACUAUUUUCAGUGUAACUCCUGUGAGAGCCAAUUCCCAACAGCCAAACGAAUGUUCCGUCACAUGAAGUUUGAUCAUGAACAAGACUCUAGUGAUGACCUACGACCUGUGAUUACAUGGAAGGUCAAAUGUAAGACAGAAUGCACAAAGUCAGAGGAGUUACCUUCUUCAGGAUUCAAGGAUAUUGAGACGGAACCCACGGAGGGAUCGUCACAGGUUUAUUCCCCAGGUCAGUUCAUCUGUACGAUCUGUGGCAAGAAGUUUCCUACGGAAGGCCGUCUUGAAGCUCAUUCCAUGUUUCAUGAAUUCAGCGAAGAGCACACCUGCAUCAUCUGCGGAGAGAAGCAACGCAACUCCAGGGCUCUCACCAAGCACAUGGCCAAGCACGAGACAGUCGUCCACAAGUGCCGCAAGUGCGACAAGUCGUACAAGUGCAGAAACAGCUUGCUCCGUCACAACCGGGAGGCCCAUAUCCUGGGUCGGAAGCAGGAGAAGGGGAGUUUGAAAGACGAACAAACCCAAAGGGAAUACAACAAAGAUGCAGAUACUAUAUGGAAGAAGAAGAAAUACAGGAAGACUCCAAAGUCAGAACCCAAUCCUGGUUUGCCAGCCGAGGUUCCGGGAGAGACUAAGGUAACCAAUGACAGUAAUCCUGGGACAAAGGCUGCUCCAAGAAAGAGAGUUGCAAAGGCUAAACCAACUCCUGAAGAACCUAAGGAUAUGCUGGGAAAGACAGUAACAUACUACAAUAGACCUAGACCUUUCAAGUGUAGGCAUUGUCCACGGCGAUACAGGUCCAAGACCGCAGUCUUGGAGCAUGAGAGGGAAGUCCAUGAAAACAAAGGAACUUAUAAGUGUAACCUGUGCCCUCGUGUCUUUGUGAAAGAGAGUAACUUCUUUCAACACUACCAGAGUCACGAGCAGAACCGUCUCUACCGCUGUUCACUCUGUCCGCGUGCCUUUGCAUCAGAUAGUGCCCUCGCCAACCAUCAAGGGGAACACACAGGCCUCAAACCGUUCAAAUGCGAGAUUUGCGGCAAGGGAUUCCGGAUCCGCAAGUGGGUGUGUGCUCAUAAACGCAGGAUGCAUCAGACGAGAGAGCUGCGCUUCUUCUGCUCCUUCUGCAACAAAGGAUUCACGGACAAAGGUCCGCUCCAGAAGCACGAGCUGCGUCAUAAGGGUAUCCGGCCGUUCGUCUGUAUGAUAUGUGGUAAGGGGUUUGGAGUGAAGUAUGUUCUUGAGGUCCACAUGCAGAGUGUACACGCCGCGGAGAAGAAGUAUCAAUGUGAAGUGUGCGGUAAGAAGUUUUCAUUGAACCAACACUACGUGACUCACAUAUUUAAACAUAGAGCACAAGGAGAAGACAUUCCUGGAUUAGCCUCAGCCCAGGAAGGUCAGGAGAAUUGAAUAGCUCCUCCUUUGAGUGGUAUUGUCAGAGAAAUUCAAAUGCAACUCUUUCUGCAACAUACCCCAGGGCUGGCUCUUGCAAAGAGUUGCGAGUUAUCCUGUCAAUCACUUCUAUGGAAAGGCAGCAACGUCAACAUAUGCAUGGGUU